AUGGUGAUAAGAAUGAUGCGUGUUCAAAUGUUUUAGGAUGUAGAGUGCUAAAUUGUACACCAUUUGUCCUCCUCUGGAAGGGUGCAUUCAUGAGUUGAAUUUAUUUCCUGCACCCACCUUUACAGGACAAGCGGAAAUAUAAUAUAUUGAUGACAGAGAAAAAAAAUUCCUUAUAUCUCUUCAGUAGUCUGCAUGGCUACAAUUCCCUGCUCAGCUGUUUUGACCCCCAACUUAUGAGUUCCAAGUGCCUAUAACCUGGCCUACAAGUAACAGUUGUAAGAUAGAAAACUAUGGUUAACAAAAACACCCCAAAAAGGGAAAAAGCAGCAUCAAAAGGGUGUUGAAAGAUGAGAUUUUGAUGAGAAAUGGAGGUGAAUGAGGAGAUAGCAGUGGGAAUAGCCAGAAAGCUGGCUCUAUGGCACACAAAGACCUUCAGGCCUAUUAUGUGCCAUGAGGAUUUGGAGCCGAUCAUGGGCAGUCUAGGCUUUGUGGGCUUGCCUCCCACCAUGGACAGCUGGAGGGAAUAUAGAUUUGAAGGCAAGACAACAACUAAAACCACCAUGGGUGGUGGGGAACCCCUGGUUAGGCUUCCUUAUCCUAGAAUUGAUGGUCUACAUGUCUUGACCUACAGAGCCUUUUGUGAUGCUGUUGCUAUGUAUCUUGGCUCAGGAGACAUUGCUGAUCAUUUUCAUGUCCGAGGGGUGCCUCUUCAUCCUGUUAAAGACAGGCCACUGGAGCAGUUUAGGAGGCUGUAUGAGGACGAAGGGCUGUAUGUUUACAGAGAUGGAACCACAGACCCCUGUGUGGCCUGGAUAACAGGAGUUGCUCUUCACAAAGCUUUGGAGGGGAAUGUGAGAGAACCUGCACUUGCAGGUAACUACAGCAUAACUUCUUCCACCAGCUUCCAGGUCCUGCUCAAAGAUAUUGUUGUAGAUAGCUUUCUAUAACCCUCUGUCACUGCUUAACAUGUUUCAGAAGACUCUUUCUGUUUGCAAUGACUGAACCAUCACAGACCUCAAGGGUCAAACCAUAUCUUUUCUUGGCCCUGCUGAUUUGUCGCUGUUCUCAAUACUGACAAAGGUAUCACGGGCCAAUUUCAUUAAACAUCUUCGGUAAUGGCACAUGGUUUAAUACUCUUUAGUUGUGAGUAAUCCUGUUUUCCUUAUAAAUCAAUUGUUUCAAUGGUUUAAGUGAAAAAAAAAAUGUUAAAACUAUGAGUAAGAUCAUUUGUAAAAUGGAAGUAUACAAAUUUUCUACUUUA